AUUAUUCAAAAUAGUUUCUUCGUCGGAAAUUCCAAUAAAAGUUAUUUUAUUACUGUGAUCCGAAGUUUGAUUUUUAGAAUAAAACAGUUGAUAUUUGGUUUGGUUGUUACAACUGCAGAUCAGCUGUACUUCCUCCAAAACGCAAUUUUGUAAAUUGUAAUUCCAACAGCAGCAAAACAAAGCAAUUCCGUAUUUUUUACGAGUUAAAAAAAACCUAUUAAUAAUACUAUUAAUUUUUGAUAAUUUGAUUAUUAUUUGAGCUUGUAUCCCAAUACUCUUUUUGACCUCCUCAAGGUGAGAUCUUCUUGCUUUUGGUGUUGAUUUUUGGCUUUAGUCAGUAAAAGGUUUUAGGUUACAUUUUCAAGAGCCCUGAAGAAUAAUAGCCUAUUGAAAACAAAACAUAAUUAAUAUUUAUAACUUUAAAAAUGCCUGCUCCACCACAAACAGAGGACGCUACAUUGACGAUGAUUGAAAAGGAUAAGAAUAUAAGGAAACUGAAGAGACAGACAGAAGGAUGGAGAGAGAUAAUUAUUGUAAUCCGAUCAGUUCUUCUGUGGGAGGCAGAUUGGCAUCCGCCAACGCUGGUUGGCCUGUGUUCGGUGAUUUCAUUCAUAUUUUGGAAAUUAGACCCCUCGUUCCUGUCAACGGUUAGCAUCGUGGGUCUUGUAAUGGUAACCCUGGACACUCUGGUUCCACUGAUGUCUUCUAAGAUCUAUGACCAGGCAGAAUGGACCGGUGUCAAGGAGAAACAAUUCGAGGAUUGCUGUAAGACAGUCAUUGAGUACAAAAUGCUGCUCGGUCAGUACUGGACCUGUCUGCAGGGCAUGAGAGAAACACAGCCGAAAAUGUACUAUUCGACCGUCAUUCCUAUGCUGUGUUUCCUCAUUUGGAUUGGAAACUGCAAUACUCAUUUACUGUCCUACUUUAUCAUUAUAACUGCAGUCAUGAUGCCUGGUUUAAUUCAUCACGGAUACUUACAAAAACACUACCGGUCUAUUCUUCUCGCCCUCAAGUCGACGAUUGAUAACUCCAUUAACAGAAAAGCGAAGAAAAAUUGAAGAAUCGAAGAAGAUAAUCGAGGAAAAGUCUCUCAAAUCAACGCCUGUGUAUCUUCAAGCUGGAUUCACACAAUAGUCAAAACAGUAAUAUUGAAUUGAAUGACUGCCUUUAUUUUUCCCAGAGAGCGAAGUUAGGGCGAAGUCGGCCCUCUCUUACACUUAACUCUCAAAUACUAAUACUUCUCACAACUUAAUAAGUAUUAUAUACAGGGUGUUUCGAAACGAAUGACCCAAUUUUGAACAGUUAUAAUUAUUUUUAAAAAUGGCGCACACAAACCAAUUUCACAUCAAAUUACACACGGAAGGAUCAAGUUUAUGAUGAUGUAUUAUAAGUGUUCUAUGUGCCCUCCUUUUGAGGCUCGGACGACAUCUAGACG